AGCCUCGCACACACAGUACCCCGAGCUCGCUGCAGCAGCUGGAGGCGGGUCGCGGUCCGCUCCAGAGUGACUGACCUGGCCCUCGCCUCCAGAGUCCAGCCGCUUACUCUCGGACAACAGGCGGAAGCUGGAAGGGCCAGAACCAGCCUUUCUCAAGUUCCAGCCUUUGGCCUUCGCCUGCGCCGCAACUUGAAUCAGUUGAAUGCAGCGCGCGAACCAGUCCAGCAGCAGGCGGGAGGGAAUGUAGCGCGAGCGCCGAGCCCGAGCGACGACCUCUGCUUCGUGUCUUGUAGAAAGCGACAACAGUGCGGUGCGCAACCAGCACAACACAAUCAGCUGACUAAGUGGUUGAGAAGAUGACAAGACUGUGAUAUAUAUAUUUAUUCUCUGACAGCUGCCACUUGCACAUCUUUCUUGUGUUCCUGAAGCAAGUCAAGCAAGUCAAACAUGUUUUGGGAAAGAAAAGCAUGUACUCUGCCGAAGCCAGAAGGCCCAUACAUUCCUGGAUGUAUAGAUGUGAUGACAGAAUAUUCUCCUGAAGGAUGUUUCUUCAGGCUCUUCUAUCCAUCUUCAUUGGAAAAGACUGUAGAAGAAAAAUGGGUCCCUUGGAUAGACCAUCCAAUAUACGCACGAGGAUUUGCUUUUAUUCUUGGAGUUUAUUAUUUUGUACUCCGCUUGUAUGUCUGGCUAGUGUCAGGGACUCCAUACAUCCCAGCUGUUUGGGCAGCACCAUUAUGUAAACAGAAGGAGAAAUUUCCUGUAGUUGUGUUUUCACACGGGCUUGGUGCAUGCAAAUUUUUCUAUUCCGGCACCUAUACUGAACUUGCUUCUCAAGGAUUUGUGGUGGCUGCUCUUGAGCACAGAGAUACUUCGGCAUGUGCUACAUAUUACUAUGCCUCUCCCCAAGAUCAUUUGCAGUCUAAGAAAACAUGGAUUAAACACCACAAAAUGGGCUUUGGUCUUGAAAAUUUUCCUGCUCGAGUAAAACAGGUAAGACAACGAGCUGUUGAAUGCAGUCGAACACUAGAUCUUCUUGAGCAUAUAAAUGCUGGACAAAACAUCAAAAACUUAGCUACAGAUAAUUUCCCAUUGGAUGCAUUCAAGGGUCAGCUGAAUUUCGAGAAAGCUGUUAUGAUGGGUCACUCAUUUGGAGGGGCAUCGGCCUUACUGACACUCUACAAAGAUCAUAGGUUCAAAUAUGGAGUUAUUCUUGACUCUUGGAUGUACACCCUGAAGGAUGAACCAGAUAUGCCAGGCAGCAUUAAACAACCUCUUAUUUUCAUCAAUACAGAAACUUUUCAUAUUGACAGCAAUAUUACAACCAUGCAGAAGUUCAUAGAUCACCCGCAAGAUGCAGAGCGCCAUUUAUACACCAUAAGAAUGACAACUCAUGAAAAUCAAACUGAUACAGUUCAUAUUGUUGGUUAUUGGCUAGAUUGGUUCAUGAAAAAGAUAGAUCCUGUCCUAGCCUCAAGAUUAAAUCAUGCCCUGAUACUCCGCUUCCUAAAUCAACACAUUGGUUUAACCCAUUCAUGUAAUUUUGGCAUUUUGGAAAGUCAAUCUCAGUUUAUAACAAAGGACUUCAUAAGAAGAAAUGUAAAACCAAGGCGAUCAUAGAGAGACUAACAGUACCUUAAAUUUGUAAAUAUGAUCAAUUUGUUAUAUAUUCUAAUUUGUUACCAAUCCAGUUAUAUUUGUAAUGUUACACAUUCCAUUUUUUGGAAAAAUAAAAGGUUUGAUUUUCUA